UCACCACCACCGACACCACCACAAAGAGGGCGAAUUUGGUGAACCCAGACAUCACCACAGAGAGGGAGCAAUGGGUGAGCACAGGCAUCAUCAUCACCGACACCAUCACAAUCCCGGUCACGCAAACAUUAUGGCACAAAUUAUGCCUAUUCUCCAGACACUGGCCAAAAGGAGUUACCGCAAGAACACUAAUCUGAGCGCUUCCAGCGAUUCUAAGGUCGAGGCCUCCUCUAAGUCCAGGGCUUAUGUCGUAAGCAAAUGGAAAACACAUAUCAAUGAGAUGUUUGUCAAUAAGCAAAAUAAUAACGCGAGUAAAGUAUUGACCCGAAGUGAGGACCAAAGCGGCGAAACCGAUGCCGUCAUUGACUUCAACGCCGACGUCGAUGUGAUGAAAGAUUCGGUGCUUAACGCCAAGUCGUCCGUCGAGUCGGAGCCCCAGAAGGUGACCACUCCCGGUUGUGCUGUUGGUAGUCCUGCCGGUCGUAGUGCUGUUCCCACAGCCGGUAGUCAAAAGAGUGUUAAGGAAGCCGUCGAUAAGGUAUUCAAACCCCAGAAGGAGGGCUCCGGCGGUCAACACAAUCCCAAUAGUCCUACAGGCAAAAACGAGUUGGUUAUGGCGUGGAAUGACUUGACUUUAGUGCAAAAAAAUCUGUUGGGAAAACCGGUAAAGAAUAUUCUGGACUCACUUAACGGUCAAAUCAAUUUCCAUUCAUUGACGGCACUAAUGGGUCCGUCGGGUGCGGGAAAGACCUCACUAUUGAAGUGCGUUAAUAUGCGCUCAAACGCUGGCCUCACGGCUGACACACAGAUGUUUGUCAGCAAAUACACAGAAUUGAGGACUGCUUUCAUAAUGCAAUCGGCGGACGAACACAUCAUUAAUGGAUUAACUGUUAGAGAAUCGCUAUUAUUUGCUUCAAAACUGAAAAAUAAGAAAAGUGUUGGACUGAAAGGUCGCGACAAUAUAGCGGCCGAAACGGGAGAUUCUGCAAGCCUUGAGCCGGGUUUGGGUCGUAAGCAUCAGGUCAUCGAUGAGACCGUUCCGCUCGACAUCGACGGCAACUUUGAUCACGACAUGAAUGUCCGGCGAAUACUAUUGGAUCUGCUUUUGGCUGAUUGUGCCGAUAAUGCCGUCCAGACAUGCAGUGGUGGCGAACAGAAGCGUUUGACAAUAGGUCUGGAAUUAGUCCAACAAAAUAAGCCAAACCUCAUGUGUAUAGACGAGCCGACCAGUGGUCUCGAUAGCAAUGCCUCAGAGAUGGUAAUCCAGUGUUUGAAAGAGCUAUCAGAGAGACAUCGGAUGGCAAUCGUGACAUCAAUACAUCAGCCAAACUCUCUGCUCCUAUCGAUGUUUACCCAGUUAUAUGUGCUCUCAAAGGGCGGUCACUGUGUGUUUGCCGGACGACCCAAUCUUCUUAAAGACCAUCUCAACAGUUGUGGCGUCACAUGUCCUGAAGACGUCCAACCGAUUGAACUUUUAUUGAAAAUAGCGACAAACUUUCCUAACGAUAAAUUUCAAUCCGCUGUUCGCAACCAAUCUUUAAAUAUAGAGUUGAGAUACGAUUGGAUUACAACUCUGGGAUUUGGCAUAUUUCUCACCUCUUUGGGCGUAAUAUUGUGCUAUUUGUACGGUUGGGACAUCGGAGAGACGGACGGCUGUCUGGACCUAAUG